AUGCGGCGACCGCGUUCCAGAGCCCCGAGCGCCCUCGGCGCCUCGCUCGGGUUCUGCCUGGUCCUCGCGCUUCUCUUCGCUCUGGGGAUUCGAGCCCAGUCCCAAGAAGCGGAAGACGGCCUCGAUCUGUUCACCGAGAGCGUCUACCUCCAAGGCUUGAAAACGCAAGGCUACUUUGUGGCCCACUUCGACUUCCGAUUCAAAACCCGCUUCCCGCUCUCGGCUGAGACGGGCGCGACGCGUCACCAGCACUACGACAUCUUCCCGAAGGAAAUCGGAAAGCUGCUCACGCUGCACCUCCAAAGUUCUUUGCCGUCGCCGUCGCUCGCCGCUGCGCCGCCUCUCCUCUUCUUCGACGCGUCCCUCACGCAAGGCCGCUGGCUCGAAGCCGCCUGGGGCGUGGCCCCCACCGCGAUUCGUCCCCCCGGCGCCGUCUUGCGGGCUGCGCUCUCUUCCAAUCCCGUCUACGAUUCGCAAAGAACGUGGUCUUUGUUGACGCAUGCACUGGGCGGGAUCAUGUGCACGGCUUUUUCGAUGUUGAAGAACGAGGAGAUGGCGUACACGCUGGCGCCUUCGUCAUUCUCCCACGUGUUCGAGGACAAGAACAGUGAAAGCGAAGAAAAGGCGUGGACGCUCCGCGUGGCGACCUCACCUGUGGAAGUUGCAUGCACGGAGAAUUUAAAUUCUCUCCAGAAGCUGCUGCCUUGCCGAGGAGAGGCGGGGCUCUUGUCUCGGGUGCACCCCUUGGCGUUCGCCUCGUCCCCCUUCAAGAGUGUGCGUUUCCUGGCCUUUACGGAAGCAGAAGAAAAUUCGCUUUCCUCCGCCUUUCUCCGUGCGGAACUGCGGGCGCUCCUCACCGUCGUGCUUCCGAUUCCCCGCGACGGCGAAGCGCGCUUCACGCUGCCCGAGCUGUUCAGCCAGCGGGGGCGUCCAGGCGCGUCUCCGCCGCCGCUGCUUCACUGCGUGGCGUCGUCCUCGCGCGUUUUGGUGCGCCUGCCGAGGCCUGGCGUUCCCGAGCACGGAGACACGGAAGACGCGGAAGACGCGGGCGAGCAAAGAGACACGAAACACUCGCUCCAGCGGAACGCGAGGGAGACAGCGAGAGUCGCGGCCGCAGAGGCGGCCGUCGCGUCCACCGGAGCCUCACGAUUCAAUCUUUACAGCGUCGACGCUUUCUCGGACCUGAUUGUCUUCGACGCGUUUCCGUCCCGAGAGGCUCCAGAUCUUCCGAGAAAAGACCCGCUUUUUGCGAAGGAAAUCCUGCGUGCGCCCUCCGACGGCGAAGGCCUGCUGUCGGGGAGGCUCGACGUGGAGAGACAGCAAACGGGGCGCGGCACGGCCAGCUCCAAGCUCGAGAGAAUGGAAGGAGCGUGGCUGCUUGUCUUCCGCAACCGCCACGCGUUCGGCCAGCGCUCGGUUCGCUACUUUGACAACUUUCCGCCUUUCCUCUUUCCGCUCCUUCACACGGCGCGGGUGUCGUGGAAGAGCCUGCCUCGCAAGGCGACUUCUUCGCGCAAAUCGGGCCGGCGCGGCGAGGACGGCCAAGACAACCUGUGUCAGCGGGCCUUCUCUCCGGUGGCGAAGCAGCUGCAUCUGACCGGAGCGCAGGCUGCGCGGACUCUCAACCUGCGGCUUCUCGCGUCUUCUUCUUCCUUCAUUGAAAACCCAGCUCCGACGUUCCUCUCGCUCGCCUUCGCCCUCCCGCCCCGCUGCCAAAUCGAGUUCAGCGUCGGAGUGGAAAAGCGCUACUGGCCAGCUAGUCGCUUCUCCUUCUCUCCGGACAAAGGCUCCGACGUCCCUGGGGCCAUUGUCCUCGACAUGCCUUCCUACCUGUUUUCGUGGCCGCCGCCUCCGGCCGUUUUGGACGCUCCGCUUGCAUGCAACGUGGGGUCCGCAUGCGCGGCGUCGCUGCUCAUUUCGGACGCGGCGAAAGGCAAGGCGGGAAAGGAGGCUCCUCUCUCGCUCGAAGUCGCUGCCGAGGGCCUCUACGCGCCGGGUCAACGAGACUCCUGGAACUGGCAAAUCACAGAAGGCAUGAUUGUGCACCUGCCUCUGCCCGACUUCAGCAUGCCCUUUAAUGUUAUCGCCCUCUCGGGGACCGUCCUGACGCUGUUUUACGGCUCGGUCUUCCGCAUCACCACCAUGGAGUGGUGA